AUGGACACCUCCCGGGUCGGCGUGCUCCUGUCCUUGCCUGUCCUGCUGCAGCUGGCGGCCGCGGGCGGCUCUCCGAGGCCAGGCGCGCUGCCGCGGGGCUGCCCCACGCACUGUCAGUGCGAGCCCGACGGCAGGAUGUUGCUCAGGGUGGACUGCUCGGACCUGGGGCUCGCGGAGCUGCCCUCCAACCUCAGCGUUUUCACCUCCUACCUAGACCUCAGCAUGAACAACAUCAGUCAGCUGCCUCCAAGUCCCCUGCACAGUCUCCGCUUCCUAGAAGAGUUACGUCUUGCUGGAAACGCUUUGACAUACAUUCCCAAGGGAGCAUUUGCCGGCCUUCACAGUCUUAAAGUUCUCAUGCUGCAGAAUAACCAACUAAGACAGGUACCCUCAGAAGCGCUACAGAAUUUGGGAAGUCUUCAAUCCCUGCGUCUGGACGCCAACCACAUCAGCUACGUGCCCCCCAGUUGUUUCAGUGGCCUGCAUUCCCUGAGGCACCUGUGGCUGGAUGACAACGCUUUGACAGAAAUCCCUGUCCAAGCUUUCAGAAGUUUAUCAGCAUUGCAGGCCAUGACCUUGGCCCUGAACAAAAUACACCACAUACCAGACUAUGCCUUUGGAAACCUCUCCAGCUUGGUAGUUCUGCAUCUCCAUAACAAUAGAAUCCUCUCCCUGGGAAAGAAAUGCUUUGAUGGGCUCCACAGCCUAGAGACUUUAGAUUUAAAUUACAAUAACCUUGAUGAAUUCCCCACUGCAAUCAAGACACUCUCCAACCUUAAAGAACUAGGAUUUCAUAGCAACAAUAUCAGGUCUAUACCUGAGAAAGCAUUUGUGGGCAACCCUUCUCUUAUUACAAUACAUUUCUAUGACAACCCCAUCCAGUUUGUUGGAAGAUCUGCUUUUCAACAUUUACCUGAACUAAGAACAUUGACUUUAAAUGGUGCCUCACAAAUAACUGAAUUUCCUGAUUUAACUGGAACUGGGAGCCUGGAGAGUCUAACUUUAACUGGAGCACAGAUCUCAUCUCUUCCUCAAUCCGUCUGCGAUCAGUUACCUAAUCUCCAAGUGCUAGAUCUGUCUUACAAUCUGUUAGAAGAUGUACCCAGUUUUUCAGUCUGCCAAAAGCUUCAGAAAAUUGACCUACGACAUAAUGAAAUCUAUGAAAUUAAAGCUGACGCUUUCCAGCAUUUGCUUAGCCUACGAUCUCUGAAUUUAGCUUGGAACAAAAUUGCCAUCAUUCACCCCAAUGCAUUUUCCACUUUACCAUCCCUAAUAAAGCUGGACCUAUCCUCCAACCUCCUGUCGUCUUUUCCUGUAACUGGGUUACAUGGUUUAACUCACUUAAAAUUAACAGGAAAUCGUGCCUUACAGAGCUUGAUAUCAUCUGAAAAUUUCCCAGAACUCAAGGUUAUAGAAAUGCCUUAUGCUUACCAGUGCUGUGCAUUUGGAGUGUGUGAGAACAUCUAUAAAAUUUCUAAUCAAUGGAAUAAAGGUGACAACAGCAGUAUGGACGACCCUCAUAGGAAGGAUGCUGGAAUGUUUCAAGUUCAAGAUGAGCGUGACCUUGAAGAUUUCCUGCUUGACUUUGAGGAAGACCUGAAAGCCCUUCAUUCAGUGCAGUGUUCACCUUCCCCAGGCCCAUUCAAGCCCUGCGAGCACCUGUUCGGUAGUUGGCUGAUCAGAAUCGGAGUGUGGACCAUAGCAGUUCUGGCACUUACUUGUAAUGCCUUAGUGACUUCAACAGUGUUCAGACCCCCUCUGUACAUGUUCCCCAUAAAACUGGUAAUUGGGAUCAUCGCAGUAGUGAACAUGCUCAUGGGGAUCUCCAGUGCUGUGCUGGCUGGUGUGGAUGCAUUUACUUUUGGCAGCUUUGCACAACAUGGUGCAUGGUGGGAGAAUGGGGUCGGUUGCCAAGUCAUCGGUUUUUUGUCCAUUUUUGCUUCGGAGUCAUGUGUUUUCCUGCUUACUCUGGCAGCCCUGGAGCGUGGGUUCUCUGUGAAAUGUUCUGCAAGAUUUGAAACAAAAACUUUUUCCGGCCUGAAAGCAAUCAUUUUGCUCUGCGCCCUGCUGGCCCUGACUAUUGCCACAGUUCCCCUGCUGGGCGGCAGUGAGUAUGGUGCCUCCCCACUGUGCCUGCCCCUGCCCUUUGGGGAGCCCAGCACCACGGGCUACAUGGUUGCUCUUGUCUUGCUCAACUCCCUUUGCUUCCUUGUGAUGACCAUUGCUUACACCAAGCUCUACUGCAAUUUGGAAAAGGGAGAGCUGGAGAAUAUUUGGGACUGUUCCAUGGUGAAGCACAUUGCCCUGUUGCUCUUCACCAACUGUAUCCUUUACUGCCCUGUGGCUUUCUUGUCCUUCUCCUCUUUACUAAACCUAACAUUUAUCAGUCCUGAAGUAAUUAAGUUUAUCCUCCUGGUAAUUGUCCCACUUCCUGCAUGUCUCAAUCCCCUUCUCUACAUCCUCUUCAAUCCCCAUUUUAAGGAGGAUCUGGGGAGCCUGGGAAAGCAAACCCACAUCUGGACAAGAUCAAAACACCAAAGCCUGAUGUCUAUUAACUCUGAUGAUGUUGAGAAACAGUCCUGUGACUCAACUCAAGCUUUGGUAACCUUCACCAGCGCCAGCAUAGCCUAUGACCUACCUUCCAAUUCUGUAUCAUCACCAGCAUAUCAAAUGACUGAAAGCUGUCAUCUUUCAUCUGUGGCAUUUGUCCCAUGUCUGUGA